AUGAGUGAGACAAACGCCAGCACCGCGCUGGAAACAAAAUUAGUUCAAUUGCAACUAACGACGAAGCGCACGGACGGAAUUCUUGCAAAAUCCGAAGAAGAGCCUAUUGCUCGACAUCAGGGAACACUUAGAACUGUUAUUGGCGAAGUGGACAAGCUAAGGCUUACGGUUGAAGCUGAAAAACUGGGCAGAAAAGAGGAUACUACCGAGUGGAGCGAGGAGAUUGAUACCAAAAUCAGCGAGGCAGAUAGUCAUGUAAGACUGACGAAGGAAUGGUUGGCGGAAAAAAAGAGGAAACUAGAGGAGAUGGAGAACGACGAGAAGAUCAAGUUUGAGGUAAAACUGCAUGAAACUAAAGUAAAGUUACAAGAUGAACAUAUUCUUAAAAACACCUCGCAGACCAGUAAAACUAUGAUUGGAAUGCAAGCGAAAUUACCGAAGCUAGUGAUUUCGAAAUUUAAUGGUUCUCCUAUGGAUUGGCCAAGGUUUUGGGGAGUUGCCUUAUCUUCGCGAGUUGUUAGAGCCUAAAGCACGACAAACAAUCGAAGCAUUGCCCUUCCACAGCGAAGGGUACAAUCGAGCGAUAAGCAUCCUGAAGGAUAAGUUUGGGAAAGAAUCCGAGAUAGUAAAGGGUUACACGCGCGAGAUACUUGGGUUGCCCACAAUACAAGCGGCCAAUCAGAAAAAGAUUCAUGAGUUUAGCGACAAAUUAUCGUACUGCGUUCAAGCUUUAGAGACAUUGGACAAGCUUGACGGGGUCAAUGGCGCCGUGCCAAUGACUCUUGAUAAACUGCCUAGCAUUCGUGGAGAUUUGGUGCGAACGGACCCUGAAUGGGAGAAAUGGACCUUCACCAAACUAGUUGAAGCGCUCAACCAGUGGUGUCGAAGAAAUCCAAUCGACAAACCAUCUGAACUAAACGACGACUCGUUUAGCAGCAAAAGAAGAGACAAGCU